AUGCUACAACCACUACUAAAAAGAAGGCUCUCCCUAUACCCAUGGAGGCAUGUAUAUGCCCGAAAUUAUUCAAAUAAGCAAUCACAGAAUGCAGAACCUGCACUGGAACAGGAAGUAACUUCAGCGAUAGUUGAUAGAAUGAAGCAAAUAUUAGAAGAAAAGAUAUCGUCUCAAUCUGCAAGUACAAUCCAAACUAUGAAACGUACCGAUGAAUCAUUAAAUCAAAUACUAUCCAAAUAUGACACUCCAUCAACAUCACUACCCAAUAGUAAACAGGCUUCAUCGUAUAUAAGAAGUGAACCAAUACUUGCUCACAACAAACAUGCGAAAGAUAUCUACAAUUCUAUUCCAUGGAGUGGAGCCGAAUCUGUUUAUGAUUCUAAUCUAAGAAUGAUUGUUGAUUCUAAACCCAAACCUAUUAAUGAUCCAGCAAGUAUUGCCUACAAAAAGAGAAAUCCAACAAAAAAUGAGAAAUUGGCCAUGGCAAGAGAUAUAUCAUUGGAUUAUAAAGUCAACAAACCACAAGGAGGUAAAAAUAAGGACACCGAUGACGAUGGGUUUAGGGAAAUGUAUCGUGAACGAUUGUUAGGUCCAUCAAUGCUUCUUAAUCAUAGUUCUACAUCGGUUGAUUUUGUAGAAAUGUUAGCUGGUAAUAAGAUCAAUGCCAAGAUUGAUCAAACAACGGGGAAAUUUGAGACUGAUGACAUGCAGAAAGUUCGGGGUAAACCUUUGGAGAAGCAGCAUUUGGUUAAUUGUACCGAUUCAAAUUAUUUUAUGAAUCAGGUGUUGAAUAAACAAGAAGUGUUACCUCCAUGGAUUGAAAGUCAACAGAAUUUGAAUAGAAAUAUAGCUCAAUUUCGAGAGGAUUUAGUUGAAAUGUGGAGCAAGUCGAAAAAAUUACAUGAAUCGGAUUUGAAAUAUAUUGAAACAAAAAUAAAUUUGUUAAAUCAGGAAAUAAGAAAUUAUAAUCUUCAAUGUCCUUCAGUUAGUGGACAUAAAUUCAAGUUGGAUAAAGAAAAGGAAAUAGAACAGGCAUUCAAAAAAGCUUUAGAAAAUCCCAGAAAACCAAAACCUAUAGAAGAUAAGACCACUAGUGGAUUUUUGGAUAUAUUUGGUGGAGGUGGUGGUGCCGGUGUUAGACAGAGCAUUCACAUUGACAGAAAUUCAGAUCCCAAAUUGAAUGUUUGGCAAGCCAUUAAAGAUGUUUUUAGUUUAGGGAAGUAG